AUGGUCGAACUUGUCCAUUCGGCCCAAAAUUUUAUGAACACAGAAGAUGCGAUCAUUGCUAAGAAGAGGAAGAGAUCUGAGAGAAUAGAAGUAAACCCCAAUCAUCAUUCUGAGCAAGGCUCACGUCCAAAGAAGGGAUGGAUGGAAGAAAGGAAAGACCGAGAUAAUAAGAAGCAGCCUAGCUCUUCAGCAUGGAAUCAACAGUAUACCCCCUUGAACACGCCACUUGAACAAGUCCUUAUGCAAAUCAAGGAUGAUCCUUCCUUGAAGUGGCUGGAGAAAAUGAAGAGAGAUCCCAAUAAGCACAAUAGGAAUAAGUAUUGUCGCUUCCAUAGGGAUCAUGGGCAUGAUACAGACGAGUGUUUUGAUUUAAAGCAGCAGAUUGAGAAUCUCAUAAGGCAAGGGAAGUUGAGGAAUUUCCUUGGACGAGACCACAAGGACAAGAAAUUGAAAGGGAAGAUGGAAGAAUCAUUGCAGCAAUCGCUCGAAGAAAUAAGAGUCAUCAUAAGGGGAAAUUCGACAGGCCAGUCGUCCAAGUCAAAGAAAGCCUACUUGAAGGUAGUGCAGAGCGUCCAACUUUCUGGACGAUCACCAAGGGCAAGGUCCACGGACGAGCAGGUGAUCACUUUCACGGACGAAGACGCUGAGAGAAUUCACCACCCUCACGAUGAUGCCAUCGUCAUCACCUUGCUUAUUGUCGACUACACAACUAGAAGAGUGCUAGUGGACAACGGAAGCUCUGCAGACAUUUUAUAUUAUCCAGCUUUUCAGCAGAUGAGAUUAAGACGAGACCAGCUCCGUCCAGUGAACUCCCCCCUGGUAGGUUUUGGUGGAAUGAAGGUACAGACUGUGGGUACUAUUUCAUUAUCAGUGGUAGUGGGAGCGUACCCGCGACAAAUCACCAAGGAUGUGAACUUCCUUGUGGUAGAUUGUUCAUCAUCCUACAAUGCCAUAAUUGGAAGGCCAACUUUAAAUAGUUGGAAGGCUGUUACAUCUACCUACCACCUAUCAGUCAAGUUUUCGACAGAACACGGAGUAGGACAAGUACAAGGAGACCAACUAGCAGCAAGAGAAUGUUACCUGGCCAUGUUGGCUAUGGACUAA